CCCGCCCCGCCCUCCGCCGGCCCCGCCCCGGCCCUCCCGAGGCUAUUUUGAAAGUGACCCUGGGCCGGGGCGGCCGCGGGCGGCGGGGAGGCGCGGCGGGCGGGCGGGCGGAACCAUGACCGAAGAUGACCGAGGCGGCGCUGGUGGAGGGCCAGGUCAAGCUCCGGGACGGCAAGAAGUGGAAGAGUAGGUGGCUGGUGCUGCGCAAGCCGUCGCCGGUGGCAGGUGAGCGCGCGGGGCCGGGCCGGGGCCGGGACCGGGACCGGGGAGCGCGGCGCCCCGACCCCCUCCGCAGGGAGGCGGACUGCGGCCCGGAGCGGCUGCGGGCCGGGCGGCUGGAGGGGCCCGCGCGCCGGGCCGGGGCCUAGGAUCGGAGCCGCCAGGGGCGCUGCCCGCGGAGCUGAGCCCGGCGGCCCCGACAGCCUCCCCGGGUGGCGCCGAGGCCGGGCCGGGUGGGAGCGGCGCUGCUUCUGUUCUGAGAAGAGAAGCCCCCCCGCCCGCACCCCAGCCCGGAGGCCCGCGGGGAGCCCCAAGUCGGGCGGCUGCGGCCUCAGCGAGGAUUCCGCGGCGGGGAGGCUCGAGCCGCCGCCGCAGCUGUUGCCGGGACAGGUGCCCUGCAGCCGGCCCGGCCCCGGGGUCCGUGUGGGAUGCUAGGCUGAGCCCGCGCCGUCCCACACGUGUGGGGCUGCCAGAGGGGCUUCCGGACGCCUGGACGCCUGGGGAGUCUGUCACGUCCCGGGGUGCAGGCGGGGGCGCCCUCCCUGCCCCUCCCCGGGCGCCUCUCCGGGGCCUAAUGCGCCCGCGCCGGCGCCGCACGGUUGCAGGACGCAGCCCGGACCUCCGCCUCCCCUCCCAGGUCCCGGGCCCCGCGCCCCGUUCAUGUGCCAGGCAGCCUUCCAUGCCCAGGCCGCGCGCCUGGUGCCGUGGGGC